AUGGCGAGGCGCGUGCCACAGAGAAGCGUUCUGCUCGUACUCCUCUUGGUCUCCGGUGUCUGCACCAAAAAGCUGCUCCAAGGCUCCAAACAUGACGACGAUGAUGAUAAUGAUGAUGAUGAGGAGGACGGCAAAGAUGGGGCACCCUGGCUGGAGAAUUUCCCGAGCGCACGGUGCAUGUCCCGUUGCUUGAGUUUGCACAGCGCGGCAACACUGCAGAACAAUAUAUCGCUAUCUUGGUGUCGUAGGCACAAAGAGUGUACAAAGUGCCUGGAUCCCUGUGAAGAGUCCUGGUCCACGAAAAGGAAGAGCAAUUGCAAAGAAUUCUGUGAGAAAUUGUUUGGCGUGAAACACUGGGAAUGCGUGGCCAGCUGCGAGUUCCUGCAGACGCUGAUGCAGGUGAAGCAAGGCAGCUGUCCGCCUCCGCACAGGGCCAGUGGCUUUGCGGCCGCCUGCGUCGACAGCUGUGAUGGCGAUGCAGAAUGCCCAGCUCAGAAAAAGUGCUGCUCCAACGACUGCGGUCACACAUGCCAAUCUCCGCAAGACCUUUACAAAGGGGUUCCCCUGAAACCGAGAAAGGAGCUGAACUUUGAGGAGGUUGCGCCUGGCCAUUUGGAGGUGACCUGGUCCUCCAGGUUCAAUGUAUCCGCAGAGCCUGUGGUCUACAUCCUGCAGACAAGGUGGAACUUUGGCAUUCAGCCCAGCGAUGAUGCUGCCGUUUCCUGGCAUGCGGUUGCACAGACCACGGAGCAGAGAGCCCGAUUGUACGACAACCGACCAGGCCGCUGGUACCAGUUCAGAGUUGCGGCCGUCAAUACUCACGGAACCCGAGGUUUCACCACUGCGAGUCGACACAUUCGUUCCAGCAGAGACCCCUCUCACCCUCCCGCACCAACUGAGCUGAGAGCGACCAACAUAACGUUUGCAUCGGGCCAAUCGGUGCAGGUCCAACUAGAGUGGAACAUGCCUGGAGACCUCGACGUCCCCGUUCACCACUACAAGGUCACCUGGACAUGGACCGCUAUUGGUCGGCCUGCCGCUUCCUCCAUGACCAAGAGGAAGAAGCGAGUAAGUGAGAGGCAGGUGGUGCUCGGCGACAUGCGGUCCGACCGGAUGUAUCGUGUGGAAGUCCAGGCUGUGUCCUACUGGAAACAAUCUCAGCUGAAAGGACCUCGGGCCAUCGUACACAUCAGCACUCGGCGCAAUGCCAGCGUCACACUGAAUUCCUCCACGGCCGAUGUCCUGCGUGUGGGGACACCCUUCUAUCAAGACGGUCAGCUUCAGGUUCAUAUUUACUGGCAGAGCAGCACAGACCCUUCGGUUGAAUACUACAAGAUCCAGUGGGUACCAGAGUAUUGCAAGCACAAACAAAACACAGUGAGAAAGAAGACCAGCACACAGGAGACCUUCACCAGCCUGCAGGGUUUGCUCUUCUCCUGUAAGUACAAAGUCCGACUGCAGCCUGUCAGCAGGACAAGUCGGCCGCCAGUCAAGAGCGUCUGCUUCGUUACGCCUUCCUGUUCCGCCAUCCGAGCCAAGAGUCCAAGACCCAUUGCUUGUCAUGGAGAAACCCCGACUCCUCAGAAAGCUUUGAUGAAACCAACCAACCUGACGGUUACCUUCAAGGUCCGUGGCAGUAACCUGACUGCAGUCUUCAACUGGCAUAUGCCAUCUCGGCGUCAUCUGACUGGUUACCAGGUGACCCUGGUGGAGGUCACGUCAACCAACCGACUCACAGAUGGCAUCUCCCAUUCGCAGAUCUUAACCCCGGACGUUAACGUUCUAGCAGUUUCGGACAUACGCCCCUCCAGUGUCUACCGGUUGGAUAUCCGAGCUAUCGCUGCAGACGGCGAAGGUCCAGCCAUCAGCAGAACCUUCCAGACUCCAGAAUUCCAACAUGUGUUAAGGCCUAGGAAAUACGAUUGAUAAUCAAGCAAGAUGAGGAAUAGCGCUACAAUUAGCCAGUCGCUCAGAGGAGCUGACCUGACAGCUAUUUUGGGAUGCGCAAGCAUUGAAGGCGAAGACAAAAGCAACUCCAAACGCAGAAAUGCAACAAUCAGUCUUCCUUCAAUUGUUCCAACUUUGAAAACGUAAUUUAAUUUCCUGUCGGAAAGCCAAGUGUUGUUGGCCUUCACUGUCCUGCGCAUCACCUUAGAAUGAAAUUACAAAAACAUUGUAAAGUGGUGAAAUUAUUCUUGUUAGUGUAUGUUAUGUAUAUAAUGUUGAGAGUAGUUGUGUUAUCUUCUGUCCAGAUGUGUCUACAAAGAGUGCUAUUGUACAAAGAUUCAAAACGGAACAAAAUAAACCCAAAUGGCCGCGUGUAGUUUA